AUCAAACUUCAAGCAAUUAAAUCAAAUUAUUAUUAUAAACAAUUAGCAUUAUUAAAUGAGAAAACUCUUUUUCUUAAUUAGUUUCAUUUAGUUUUAAGCACAGUAUACUAAAACAAAAAUGCCUGCCCAGUCGCGACGCCCCACCAAGGAGCGUGUCAUACGUGUGCUACAUGAGGCACACGAGUUGCGACAGAGCAGCAGUUCGGUGGCAAAUUUCAACAAAAACGGUCGAUUCAAGGAGCAGCCUCCCAGACAUACCAAACGUGUGACAUUCAGCAAGCCAGCCCAGCCUCCCAACAAGGAUAGUGAAAUGCAAUGUGGUUUAACAUCAUGUCUAAUUACCAGUUCUACCGCGGACCAACGGCAACUAGGAGGAGCCAACAAUCCCAAUGAACGCAAAGUGACAAAUCUAGCACGCACCGAUAGUGAAUGCCGUUACAAUGCACCUGGAAUUGAUUUCCUCACAUUUCACGAUACUACAGUGACUACACAUGAGAUAAAAAUGAAUCCCUCUGCGCCAGAAAUUAAAAAUAUGAAAACUAAAUGUGAUUACUUUCCCAAAUUUGUUGAUCCGCGUCCGUUUAAGGAUCAGACCACUCAAACCCUUUACAGAGAAUCUUCGGCUCAAACAGUGGCUUAUUUACCCGAUGUAAUGGACAAAGAGAUAGUAGAUGGCCUAGAGCUGUUCAAUCUUUCUGCCAUAUUGCCUGGUGAUAAGCCACCCGGAUUAUAUGAGGUGGAAGUGCUGGAACGUGCCCGCAAACGUUGGGCCUUCAAUGAGGCUCUGAAAACCAAUUUCAGUCGAAAAAUGCAAGAUGCUCGCAAAGAGGCUAUGAAUAAUAAAUACAAGAGCAUAUUUGAGGCUUUCGAAUGGGAGCACUGGAUCCAACGCGAAGAAUACAUACAGGAAUGCCAGAUGAUGCGCUUAGAGAUUGUGAUACGGAUGUUUGACAAGCGGGAAAAAGAAAUGCAUGAAGCGUCAAAGACACGCAUCGAAAUGGCUUGCGAACGUAUUGAAAAAAAACGUCGCAUUGGUUUACAGAAGAAUGAAAUUGAGUACCAACGUGGCAUGCGGCGUCUUGAGGCCAAGUUAACAAAGACUUCACGGAAAUGGCAUAAACAGAAUCCUCCUUAUGCUCUGGGCUCACCAUGUUCAGAAUUCUAUGGUCCCCUUAUACGUCACGGUGUCGAUCCAGCGCGUCGACAUUUCGUGGGAAUUGGGCAAAAGACUUUCGAUAUGCGUAUCGAUGAGCUAGAGAAUCGUGUGGAUAUGACGAAAUUACAAUGUCCAUUUACCAAGCUCAGGGAAUGGUCCAAGCCCAAGCAAUAUGUCAAGGAGUACGAGCAAAACUUCUGCUCCGAUAAUAAUCUACAGAAACUGUACGAAUCUCUGAAGGGAUUACGAACGCAGGCAACAAAAUUGAAAAUGGUACCAAAAUGCCUUAAACAUAGGCCUCAACUAGUGGAAGAGAGAAGCUCAAUUAUGCGUCUGACCUAUGAAUAUGAUACACAACUAAUAGAAAAGCCUGUCCACCAGGAGUCGCAAACGGAAAUUCGUGUCUAUGCCUCAGAGCAGAGAUGCGCCUAUUUGCAACAUAUGCGUGAACAAAAACGUUUCAUUGAUCCAGAAAUGGCAAGUAAAUUACUGGCCGAGCGUCGUCAGGAAGCUUUGGAGAAUGUUUUAAAUCAAUAUGAGGGUAGUUUUAUCGGUUGGAUAAUGCAAUUCUUAUCAGAGGAAAUGGAACGUUUGAAGGAACAGCGCAAAUUGCACUUCUUUUCGAUAUUGGCACAAAAAGAACGUUGGCGUCGUGAAGCCGCCGAAGCAGGUCUACGUCAAAAAGAAAACGAUAUGCGUAUGCUUUAUGAGGAGAUCUACCAACAGACGAAUCAAGUUCAUAGCGAUGUUAGCAAGGAAUAUAUCAAUAGUAUAUUAUCAACCGAUAUGUCACACAUAGCAAAUUGUGAUGCAGCUGAAACGGUGACGACAAUGGCCAAACAAAUUGACGAGGAUAUCAAGAGAUGGUUGGAAAGUUUCAAACUAAUACAAACUCCUCUCAAUUAUGUGUCUUUAAGGGAAAUGCUACGCGAUAUGGUUGCACCCGAUGUGAAUGCCCUGGUGGAGCGUCAUGAGAAGUCUCUAAUAGCCAAAUAUAUUAUUGAAGAUGUGCUUAUGCCGAGAGUGUGGCUAGAACUAGAACCCUAUGAUAUAGUCACUACUCUGGUCAGUGAUCUAAUUGAUCGAUUAAUUGACAAUGAUCUUUAUAUGUUCUCUAGCGAUAGUGAGCCAGAGGAUGGUAAAGCAGCACCUACAUCUUGGGCAGAGGCUAGGGCUAUUAUAAGGAAACUAAUACGUCAAGCUGUGUCCGGUCAACGAUGGAAAGAUGAGACAGAACGCGUUUGUCAUGAGAUCUACGAUGAUCUUUUUAAUGACAUCUUUUUGGAUAUUCUAUUUAAAAUCCAAAAUCCACCCGUUGUGCCGCCAUCGGAUUUAAUGAUGGUUCAUUCCAUUCACUCGCAAUCAUUGUUCAGGGACACAGAUAACUUGCGAGAACUGCAAACAGAACAUAAACAAAUUUCCGAAUUGGAGGGAUCUUCUUUAACCGACACCGAAGUCGUACGUGUGCAAAUGUUAACUUUGCUCAAGAAGUUGAAAAAAGAUAAAAUCACAAGAAAAUUGGAAACAUUUGAUUAUUAUCAUGGUGAUGAUCAGCAAGAUGACACCACAGAUGUAUUUGUACGUACCGAAAUAUACAAGCCAGCCGAUUUAAAUAGAACGAUUGAUAACGAUGGCGACGAAAUGUUUAGUGUACUUAGUACUCUGGAUAUUGGCAAAGAGCCAAAUCUAACAAGUUUGAAGCACAUGCACGAGGAAGAAGACGAAUCGAGUUCGUUAUCUGACAUUGGCAUCAACUUUGGUCCAAAAAUACCCAAAACACACAAAGAACCAACCAGUGACGAUCUAAUAACGACUAUUUUGAAAAAUAUUAUUCAUAGCUCUGAUGAACAGGAGAUCGAUGAAGAAGAUGAUUAUGUUCCCCAGACGAGCAAAGAUGAGACGACGACAUCAACAUCGGAUCCAAAUGAACUGGAAGAUGAUAACUUAAUGACACAAGGUGGAUCAAAAGAUAUUAAUGUUAAGCCUCUUAGUGAUCUUGGUACAUCGAUAGAAGCACAGCUUACAUCGAGGCUUAUUCAGCGACCAAAACAGCAACUUUCAUCCCACACACUGAGCUUCAAGGAUGCUUCAAAGACAGAGUCAAAGGUUACCAUUAAUACACCUGCUGACUUGCAUAAAAAAACUAUAGAGGAAUUUGUUAGAGAGUCGGUUAUUCAGCCAUAUAGAGAUUCCAAUGUGAAGUCAGAUUAUAAUUUAAGAAAGUCCGAUAUAAAUAAGAAGUCAGAAAAACAAAAAACGGCUAAAGGAAAUUCAAGUAAAGACCAUAUUGAAUUGAAACCUUCGCCUUCUGGGGGAGUCAAACAUCCAUCAAAAGAAUCAAGUCAAGUUGUAGCUAAGGGUCGCAUAGAUAGUUCAAUUAAUCUAUCACAUUCGGGACAUUCGACCCUUUUAGCCAAUCAAUCUAACAAAUCGCAAUUAAGUCUGCUUAGCCCGGCCACAAAUUUACCAGUAGAUCCUUUAUCUCAAGCUAGUUCAGCGUAUUUUUCCGCCAAACUGAGUAAAACUAUGAGUCAAAAAACCAGUGAAUAUAAUGCAGUGGUAUUAGAAACACCAAUCGAAGAAGAAGAAGUCUCGCGCAAAGAUCAUAUUAAAGAUCCAACAAAAGCACCCAAGAAAAUUUCAAAUGAAUCUCAUCGAGAAUAGUUUAAAUAAAAUGUGU